AAAGCAGUUAACACUGCUCAUGCAGUUGGGAUUUUCAGAUCUGUCUAGACAUUAGACAUUAGCGGCCCGUUGCCGGUAGGUGUGCGGACCAGCUCAAGUUGCAAAACGUUUCCGGAACUAAUCAGUUCUGCCGCAGAGGUAUUGGUUGUUCAGGGUUGGCUGGGAAAGGUUCCAUAUAGUUUGCCGGUGGUGAAACUCUGUAGUAGCCAAAAAUUUGUGAUUCACAGAAGCUGAGACUAGGUGCAUUGCGAGUUCAGACUGGUGAGUACGCAUUGAGUGAUAAUCAACAGACAAGAAUAAGUGCAUCGCAGCUGCCGUAUAAUUCAUCAGCAAUGGAAUGGUCCAGAAGCUCAUACUCACAAUGCCUGUCUAUCCUUGUGCUGGCGCUGUGCUUGAGCUCGCUAUUCAUUACUUCUCACGCACAGGCUACAUCAGUCAGGGCGCUCGAAGGCCAGUUCAAUAAGUGGACGCCAAACAACCUGAAGUUCUCCAAAGACGGAAGGGGAGUAGAGCUGGUGCUUGACAAGUAUUCUGCUGCCGGAAUGGGAUCCAAGAGGAGUUGGCUGUACGGCGGGUUCGGGGCGUGGAUACAGUUGCCGGCGGGCAACUCUGCGGGGACGGUGACGACAUUGUAUAUGACAUCUCCAGGACCUCAUCACUGCGAGUUGGACUUCGAGUUCUUGGGGAACCAAACCGGGGAGCCUUUCCUGCUGCACACCAACGUGUUCGUGGACGGCGUGGGCGGGCGCGAGCAGCAAAUCUACCUGGGGUUCGACCCGAGCGCGGCUUUCCAUUACUACAACUUCCAGUGGAACAAGGACCUGAUCGUGUUCUACGUGGACAACACGCCAGUUCGGAUGUUCAGGAACCUGGAGGGCAUUGUGCCCAGGUUCAAGUACCCGAACCACCAGGCCAUGGGACUGUUCCUGAGCAUCUGGGACGGCAGCAGCUGGGCCACGCAGGGAGGGCGCGUGAAGCUGGACUGGAUUGCGGCGCCGUUUGUGGCGACGUACCAGAAAUUCAGGCUGAACGGGUGCGUGGUGGAAUCAUACGACAGUGAUGGAAUCAGGAAAUGCCAGAACACUAUGUGGGCGGCUCCUGGGCCGAACGCUCAGCGACUGCCGACUGGGCGAGUGAGGCAGAUGAGGGCGGUGAGGCAGAAUCAGGUGAAGUACAACUACUGCGACGACAGGAAGCGGUACCCGAGUGCGCCUCCGGAAUGCGCGUACAAUGUGUUGUAGAGUGGACGUGUAAACUGGGUAGGAGGGGAAUAGUGGGGGAUAGUGGGGACAUUCUUUGAUAGCCGUGGUAGUGGAGGCAUUAAUCUUAGGAAAGAAGGGAAAACAGGUUCAAUCGUGUGAAGUUGGCACGAGAAGAAGCUGUGUAGACGGAGGGAUAGUAGUCCGCUCCGUGAACCUUCAGAAGCAAGGACUGAUAAUUGGAUUGCAAGGAAAAGUGAUGUACAUGGAGAAGUGCGCAUGAGAAAUGAAGUGCGGCAUGACAUUCCAUGGCAUGGAGAUGACAACAGUGCAGGUUGAUGUGGGUCGUGGUGGUUUGUAGUCGUUGUUCUUGGCUAUAUGUUAUGGAGAGAA